AUGGAAUAUCCGCAAGAAAGCUUUGUCGCGACGACGUUUGCGCCGGGGUCUUUCUGGGCGCGCCGCCGUGAAGUCGUGCGAAGCCAGACCCUGCGGCACCAGCUACAAAUGCUCAAACAGACCGGUCGCUAUGAUGCGUUUAAGCUGAAAUGGCAUCCCAGUUAUGCGGAACCUCCCACCAUUUAUCCGAUCCCCAACCAUCAAUUCUGGGAUUCCGAUGUGGCCAAAUGGAUUGAAGGGGCCUGCCACUUGCUGAUGGACCAUUUCGAUGCGGAGAUUGAUGCCGCAGUAAAGGAGCUCGUGCAAAUGAUUCGAGAAGCUCAGCAUCCGGAUGGCUACCUGAAUAUCCAUUAUUCUGUGGUGGAGCCGGGCAAGCGAUUUACUAACUUGCGAGAUAUGCAUGAGCUAUACAAUGCAGGCCAUCUCAUCGAAGCGGCCCUUGCACAUCAUAUUUACUAUAAACAUGAUGGGCUACUCUCUCCGAUUCUCAAAUAUGUAGAUCUACUUGCGGCCACCUUUGGAGACCAGGACGGCCAGAUUCCCGGGUACCCGGGCCAUCCAGAAAUUGAACUUGCUCUGUUGCGCUUGUACAAGGUCACAGCAGAUCCAAAGCAUCUGCUGCUAGCUCGAUUCUUUAUUGAAGAGAGAGGCAAUCCCAAAGGAGGGAAGGAGAAACGCCAUUACUAUGACGUGGAAGCAGAAGCAAGAGGUGAAAAGAAACACGACCUGCCCAUGUACUUUCCUGCUGCAAGAAGCUUCUGGUACCAACAAGCCCAUGUUCCAAUCGUCGAACAGGAAACAAUCGAAGGGCAUUCAGUUCGAGCGAUGUAUCUCCUCACGGCAGUUGCAGAUCUGGUCCAGAUCUACCAACCCGCGAGUGAAAUUGGGGCAAAAUUCCUACCCACCUUGCAUAUUCUGUGGGCAAACAUGAUCGAGAAGAAGACUUAUGUAACUGGGGGUAUUGGCGCUAUGAAGAAAUGGGAAGGGUUUGGUGUUGACUACUUCUUACCCCAGGGAACUGACGAGGGCGGUUGCUAUGCAGAGACAUGCGCGGCUAUUGGAGUUAUGAUGCUGGCUGAACGAAUGCUACAGGUCGAGUUGAACAGCCACUACGCGGAUAUCAUGGAGCUGUGCAUGUAUAAUGCCGUCCUGACAGGCAUGAGCCUGGAUGGGAAAGCAUUCACCUACGUGAACCAAUUAGCGUCCUCGGAUCAGGAUCUUUCGCAGCGGCAUGAAUGGUUUGAAUGUGCUUGCUGUCCACCCAAUGUCACUCGCACCUUAGGCUUCCUUGGUGGGUAUCUUUGGAGCCACUCUAUCAGCCACCAGAGUGUCGUAGUGAAUGUGCAUUUGUACACUUCGGCUACUCUGGAUCUUCAAGUUUGUGACUCCACGGUGAAAGUCACUCAAAAGACCGACUGGCCAUGGAAUGGGGACGUGGAAUUUGAGGUUGACACGGAAGGGCCCUCGGUUGAUCUUGAGCUGCGAUUAAGAAUCCCGGGCUGGGCGACAUCAUGGGAAAUGACCCCUCGCCCGAACGAUCCGCUGAUCAAAGAUGGCUAUCUGUUUCUGAGCACAGAGUGGCUACAAAAUAAUUCUAGAUUCCGGCUGUCCUGCCCCAUGAAGCCACGCGUUGUUCGUCCGAAUCCUCUGACUAUGCAGCCCGUGGCGUAUGUCACACGAGGCCCCAUCGUAUAUUGUGUGGAGGAUGUCGAUCACCCAUGGGAGGACCAUCAUUUCAAGAGGACAAUAUUCGAUCCGAACGCAUCGUUGCGAGAGGAGCUGAGGACCGAGCCGGAUUGUUUUGUCGCCAUUAUCGCCGAGAAUGGUGCUGCCGGCGAGCUUGACACGUCCUCCUGGGAGGGCCAGAUAGUGGCCCCAUCCAAGAACGAAGCCGUCAGCAACUUCAGAGACUUGUGCUUUGUUCCUUACUAUUUAAGAGCGAACCGGGGUGGAAGAGGGCAGAUGAGAGUCGGACUACGCGUUCUGUAG